AUGGCUGCGGCGCGGGAGGAGCUACGAGGGCGGCGGUCCCCGGCGCUGCUGUGUGUCGGGUGCUCGCGACGCGGAACAAUUGUCUCCCAAGACUUGAUUUCAUCAGGAGCUCGUCAUCAUGCAUUACAGUGUGGACAUAUCUUUUGUGAAUUGUGUUUAUCGGUAACACAGGAGUCAAGUAUAGUAGUGUGUGUUGACUGUGAGGCUGUUACCACUGUAAAUACAAAUGAAGGUUUCUACCCAGUGGAUGACUAUGUGGAAGAAGAACUUUAUACAAGAAAACUGCAGGCUACAAAGCAAAGUCUUCAGACGUUACAGGACAACCUCAUCAGAUCAAACAGAGGAAACAAUAAUUUAUGUCAUAUGUUGAAAGAGGACAUCAAUUCAGAAGAGUUGCAAGAAAAUCAUCUUGGCCAUAAUGAAAGAGAAGACUUUGAUCUGUAUGACCUCCUUCCUCCAAAAAUGGAGAUUGAUGUCGAACAAGGAAUUUGUAUUAGAAAUUCGCAAGCACUGAAAAGGAGCUACAUCCCAAAUGUCAAAGAGAAAAAUGUUCAGUCUACUUAUUCAGACUACCAUCUGAAUCUCAAACCAGUUUGCAUUACAUCAGCAGAAGACAUGGACAAUAAAACUGAACAAGACAUUGAUGAAGCUUUGUGGAUAACUGCUUUUAAUCUUGAGCGUUUAAAAACUGCAGAGAAGAUGCUGGGAUAUUUGGAAUCCAAAGUGAAGCAGGAAGAAGACAGUAUUGUAGACAUUAUGGAUAAAAAGUUUGAUGAUCUUAUUACUGCUCUUCAGUCAAGGAAAAGGAAGUUUCAUGCAGAAUUAGCAAAGAACACAGAUAAUUAUGUAGCCAACAUCAUAAAGGCUAAGCAGUGCAUUGAAGAGAAGAGAAACAACUUGAAUGGUGCCAUGAGGCUAGCAAAGGAGUUAAAAAUUACACCUUCAUUAAGAACCUGUUGUGAUUUGAAGCAGGUUAUUCAUAACUUAAAGUUGGCAGUUGAGGGUGAACUCUCAAGGGUGGAUACUUUGAAGGACAGAACACCUCUAAGAUUUCUCAUGAACUGUGAUGAAAUUAUGUCCAUGUUCAAAAAUGUGGGGAAGAUUGAAUUGAAAAUACCUACAAAAUGUUUCCCUGGAGAUGAUGAACAAAGCAUUCUCGUGGUCAGUAAUCAGGGAGAAGUAUCAAAUUGUGACAAUUAUUUGUCGGUAGAAAAGAAUAAAUUUACAACACUUGUCAGAGGUAAUGAAGCAGAGACUCGUAUAUAUCAAGAACUUGAUGUGCAUACAGAAGAGACAAAUGUCCAGCUUCACAAAUUAAUUACAACACCCUCUCAAAAAAGUAUUCUGACUUUACCUCAAACGAUGUCUGGUCCUGAUGUCAUAAUUGAAGAGAUCAUGGAAGAUGACCAGGAAACACAUUCCACAGAAUAUCUUAAAGAUACACAUAGGAAAGAUCUUUCCCAGAAAAAGGUUAUACCUUUUGGACAAAGUGUGGGUUCUCCAGAAUUAGUUUUUGUCAGCCACGUAAUAAACCCAUGCCAUUUCUAUAUUCGGAGAUAUUCACAGAGGAAAAGAGCAAUUUUUGUGGAAAAAAAGCUGGGUCACUUUUGUAGUAGUAAGAGUUCAUACCUUAGUCCUUCAGACAUUUUGGAACUAGGUGCAAGAAUCUUUAUCAACAGUAAAGAAAAUGGAAUGUGGUGCCGUGGAACUAUCACUGAGUUGAUUCCUCUGGAAAGUAAAAAUAAGGGAAAACAAUGUGGUCCAACAAAAUACAAAAUUUACGAUGUUGCAGUGAUGCAAGUAUUCAUGGAAGACUUUGGGAAUUCUGAAGUUUUAGUUAGUUCAGGGAUUGGUGGUGUCCCUGUGCUGAGGCCAGAACAAGCUGCUCUACAGAACUUAGUGGUAAAUGACUUGUAUAUGUUUAUCAGGAAGCCUGAUCCAUAUAUAGAGGCACAGCUCAGGCAUAUUCCUCCAUUAGCAGUGCAGUGCUCGCUGAAGGACAUAGUUCCCAAAAACUCAAAUGAAGGUUGGGGGGAAGAAGUGAAGACAGAAUUUUUGAGAAUGGUAAAUAACAAAGCUGUUAUAAUGAAAGUAUUCAGAGAAGAGGAUGGUGUGCUCAUUGUGGAUCUGAAGAAACCGCCAUUUAAUAAAAUAAGGAGUGACAUGCCAGUAUCUCUUAAGGAUGCUUUAGUUUUUACAGAGUUAGCAAGGUUUCGAUCACAGCUUCCUAGUCAACCGGAAAAUAAUAUGGCAUUGCAAUAUUGUCCGCCCACAUUGCCACAAGAAAUGACGGAAGUCUCCAUUGUCGUUUCUCACAUCAAUAGUCCUAGUUAUUUCUAUGUUCAGUUGAUAGAAAGUCUGGACUUUUUAGUUCUCCUGAAGAAAAUUGAGGAAGUAUAUAAAAAUGAUGAUGGAGAAAAUCUGGAAAUUCUCUGUCCUUUUCAAGGCCAAACCUGUAUAGCGAAAUUUGAAGAUGGAGUUUGGUACAGAGCAAAAGUUACUGGACUGCCAGGGCAUCAAGAAGUUGAAGUUAAAUACGUUGACUUUGGCAACACUGCCAAAAUAACUCUUAAAGAUAUGCGUAAAAUUAAAGAUGAGUUUUUGAGCCCUCCAGAAAAGGCCAUCAGGAGCAAGCUGGCUCAUAUUGAACCCUAUAAAGGAGGAAAUGAGUGGAGCAGAGAAGCAAAGGAAAGAUUUGAAGAAAUGACUCAAGAAAAAUUUAUGCUGUGCUCAGUCAUUAGUAUAUCUCAAGAUAAUGUUCUGUCAGUUGAACUCUUUGACUCCCCAGAUGUUCUUGGAAAAAGAUCCUCUAGUCUGAACAGUCAGCUAGUUAAAGAAGAGCUAGCAUCUUACAUACUAGGAUACACCAAAAGUAGUGCUACAGAGCACAAUGAAAUAUGGGAUCCUGCUCUAGAAGAAAUUUUUGAAACUGAAACAGUAGAUAUUUUAAACUCUAAAAACAUAAAAUCUCUACAGAACGAGGAUUUACGAUCACUUUCUAACAAAGAACUACAAGUGCGAAUCAGUCACGUGGUAUCCCCAAAUAAGAUCUUUGUACAAUGGCUGUCAUCAGAUAAGUUACUGAAAAGUUUACAGGAAAAGAUGGCUGCUAUCUAUGAAAAUUCCAAGUUUGAGCAAGUGAAGUGGGAAAGUGAUAUGUACUGUGCUAUUCGUAUACCUGAUCUGAACCAAUGGCAAAGAGGCAAAAUCAGCAGGGUUGUCUCUGAAACCACUGUAGAGGUAGUGUUGUAUGAUUUUGGUACUAAAGAAAUAGUGAACAUCGUUUGUUUAAGAAAACUUGAUGAAAAGCUGAAGCCAAUUAGGACACUAGCACUGGCAUGCUCCCUGGUAGAUAUAAGGCCAGCUGGUGGGAGCAAGCAGUGGACAGCAACAGCGUGUGAUUGUAUCUCCUAUUACCUCACUGGAGCUGUAGCAAACAUCAUCAUACAGGAAAAUGAUGGAUCUGAACCACUGCCUGUGAAAAUUUUUUGCAAUGAUGAAGCAGGACAGCUUAUUGAUAUUUCUGAAUAUCUUGUUAAAAAAGGUCUGGCUUUCAGGAACAAAAGAACUCAUGAAAUUGAUAUAAGUGAUGCAGAUCCUGAGAAACCUCUUGAAGUUCCUUUGAAGCAAGAGAGUCCGUGCUUAAAUGAGCUGAUUCCAGAAACUGAAUGUACACCACAGUGUUUAGUGCCAGAGAAACAAGUUACUCUUUCUGAUAAUGAACCUAAAGAACAUGAGUCAAAGAAACUAGUGCUUAAGUCAAGAAUGGAUGGAGCGUAUAAACCUCCAGUUAUACCUGACAUGAAAGAAUUAAAAGCUAUAAUAAACUGUAUUGGAGAUGAUGGAACUAUUUAUAUGGUGCCCAAAUCAUUAGAAAAUGAACUAAACAAAUUGAUGACUGAUAUACAAAAUAACUUCAAAUGUCUUGGUCUUCUGGAACCGUAUUGUUGGAAAAAGGAAGAAGCUUGUGUUGUAAGAGGAUCGGAUACCAUGUGGUAUCGAGGUAAAGUUACAGAAGUUGGUGGUGGUACAGUCAGGGUGCAAUACGUGGACUAUGGCUACAUUGAGAAGAUCCCUGAGUGUCAUCUCUAUCCACUUGUGUUGUAUGCUGACAUACCUACAUUUUGCAUACCAUGUCAGCUCUAUAAAAUAGUGCCAGUUGGAAAUUUUUGGCAGCAGGAUGCUGUAGAACUCCUUCAAGAACUACUGACAAAGAGAGUUGUUGAAAUACAUCUUCUGGAACGUCCAGAUAAUCCAUGGGGCAAAGUAUCUGUUAAUCUUUAUUUUGAUGGGAUGUCACUUUCUUCCUUUAUGGCAUACCACAAACACUGCAUUAUUGAAGAUUGUCAGGAUAUAUCAAAUCUAGACCUAAUACAUUACAGUGAAAAGUGUUCUGAGGAUAAAUGUAAAAUCAGCUAUGAGGAGUUGCUGUUAUCCGAAGCAGGGGCUCCUGUUUUGCCACCAUAUACAAUGCUAACACUGCCUAUUCCAGGAGAACUUUUUCCUGUUAGUGUUAAGCACCUUGUAUCACCUAGUGAGAUGUACAUUCGUCUUGAAUCAGCAGAGGGCCUUAACCAGCAGAGCAACACAGAGGAUAAUGGUGUCAGCUGGGAUUUGGAAUCUGAGAGUCUAGAUCAAGUCCUGAAGCAUUGUAAUCAGAAUGUGGAGUCUCUUCCUUUUCUAUCAGAUUUUAGAACAGAAAUGCCUUGCCUGGCAGAAUACAAUGAUGGCUUGUGGUAUAGAGCAAAACUACUCUCUAUUAAAGAAUUUGACCCUGUUAAUAUUUUGGUUCAAUUUGUUGACUAUGGAUCAACUGAGAAAUUACCAACAAGCAAAUUACGUCAGAUUCCUUCUCACCUUAUGCAAUAUCCUGCUCAAGCAGUAAGAGUUCUGUUGGCUGGAUUUAAACCUCCUUUAUAUGAUACAGAAAAAAAGAGAAUUCCAUAUUGUCCUGAAUGGAGCAUGCAAGCAUUAUGGGCCAUGAUAGACUGUCUUCAAGGCAAAAAGCUCUAUGCUUCCACAGUGACUCAGUCUCCAGAUCACGCUGUGUUUUUGUAUGAAGAUGAACAAUGCUUAGUUCACAUGAAGCUGGUAGAAAUGGGAUUAGCAGACUUAGAUCAGUGACAUAUAUAUAUUAGAGAGAGAGCUUUUGAUGAAGACUACAGUAUCUGAAGAGGAAAGGUGGUUUUUGUUUUUGUUGGUUAAUUUUGUUCUGGCAUGUUAAUUUGCCUCAUCUUGUUCUUUCGACAUACAGUAAUUGUGUGGAAUGCCUGAAAUACUCAGGUGUGGUUUUUUGUUCAGAGUUGUUCUAAUAA